AUGGUUGCUCUGUUCUUGCGUGCAGCAUCCAUCAAGUUUGAUCAAACGAGGAACGACACUUAUAACAAUUUUACAGUCUCGGAUGAGUUGCUUGGCACCCUUGUGCCCAUUGCUGUAUACUGGAUAUACUCUGGAAUCUAUAUACUGCUUGGAGACAUGAACCAGUACAGGCUUCACACCAAAGCUGAAGAAGACAAUAAGAACGUUGUUUCAAAGAGAACUGUUUCGAGGGGAGUCCUCGUGCAGCAAGCUUUUCAAAUUGCAGUCGUCUUUCUCGUCUUAACGUUCAUGAGUGGUGCUGAUAGAAACGCUGAGCUGCCUCAGCCUUCUGUUCCGGUAAUAAUUCUCCAAUUCAUUGUGGCAAUGGUGGUGAUGGACACCUGGCAAUACUUUACGCAUCGAUUCAUGCACUUUAACAAGUACUUGCACAUCCACCUCAAGCACCACACCCUC